AUGUCGCAUGGUAUUUUUGGUGGUGUUUUGCCUGUCGAAGAUAAUACAAUCGUUCAGACACGGCGAAAUUCUCGUACGGGUUCAAUAUCAUUAGUUCGUCGCGGAUCAACACAAGGAAGCAUCACUCAAGCACAUGUUAAUGCAUCAUUUAUGAAUGAAGCAUUGACUGAAGCACGGAAAAGUCUUGCUGAAGGUGGCAUACCUAAUGGAUGUGUUCUCGUUCACAAUGGUCGCAUUGUCGGACGAGGACGCAAUCGUCGUAUUCAGUUGAGUUCACCUAUCCUGCAUGCGGAAUUAUCGUGCAUUGAAGCAGCUGGACGGCAGCCAGCAUCCUUCUAUCACGACUGUACAUUGUAUACGACUUUAUCACCGUGUUCGAUGUGUGCAGGCGCGAUUCGUUUCUACGGGAUACCGCGUGUUGUUAUCGGUGAGAAUAAGACAUAUCAUGGAGAUGAAGCUUUACUUCGUGCAAGUAAUGUUCAAAUUGAUGUCAUGGAGUUGCCUGAAUGUCAGGAACUCAUGGAGAAUUUCAUUCGAGACCAUCCACUUGUUUGGCAUGAAUGUAUCGCUCAUAAAUGA